AUGUCCGCCUGCGUGUCCCCAUCUCCGGGGGAGGGGGGUAAAGCAAGAGGGCAUCCGUGUGCCCGUGGCAGUGUAGAAACUCCCAGUAUUGAAAAGCUACUAUCAAAGGACUGGAAAGACAAGCUUCUUGCCAUGGGAUCAGGGAACUUUGGAGAAAUAAAAGGGACUCCAGAAAGCCUCGCUGAGAAAGAAAGGCAGCUCAUGGGUAUGAUCAAUCAGCUGACCAGUUUGCGAGAACAGCUGCUAGCAGCUCAUGAUGAACAGAAGAAACUGGCUGCAUCACAAAUUGAGAAACAACGCCAACAAAUGGAGCUGGCUAAGCAGCAACAGGAACAGAUUGCAAGACAACAGCAGCAGCUCCUGCAACAGCAACACAAAAUUAACCUUCUUCAGCAACAGAUCCAGGUCAGAGACUGCGGUCAGCUGCCUCCAUUAAUGAUUCCCGUAUUCCCUCCAGACCAACGAACGCUAGCAGCAGCUGCACAGCAAGGAUUCCUUCUUCCUCCUGGUUUCAGCUACAAAGCGGGAUGCAGUGACCCUUACCCCGUUCAGCUGAUCCCAACUACCAUGGCAGCUGCUGCCGCAGCAACACCAGGCUUAGGCCCACUCCAACUGCAGCAGUUGUAUGCUGCCCAACUUGCUGCAAUGCAAGUGUCUCCGGGAGGCAAGAUACCUGGAAUACCCCAGGGUAACCUUGGUGCUGCUGUAUCCCCUACCAGCAUCCACACAGACAAGAGCACAAACAGCCCUCCACCCAAAAGCAAGGAUGAAGUGGCCCAGCCUCUGAACCUUUCAGCCAAACCCAAGACAUCUGAUGGCAAGUCUCCCACAUCACCCACCUCUCCUCAUAUGCCAACUCUGAGAAUAAAUAGUGGGGCCAGUUCACUAAAAUCCUCUGUGCCAGCAACAUUAGCUAGUCCUUCAGCAAGAGCUAACACAAUAGAUAUCCUUUCUUCUAUCACGUCGUCAGGUUAUUUAAAUGACCACGAUGCUGUUACCAAGGCAAUCCAGGAGGCCCGGCAGAUGAAGGAGCAACUUCGGAGGGAACAACAGGUGCUGGAUGGGAAGGUGGCCGUUGUGAAUAGCCUGGGUCUCAAUAACUGCAGGACAGAAAAG